AUGGAUGUCUUUGCUUUACAUGGUUCUUUCUCCAUGUGGAAAGAUGUUGCAGGAAUCGCAGGCAACAUAUUUGCAUUUGGACUAUUCGUUUCACCAAUGCCAACAUUUAGGAGAAUCUUGAGGAACAAAUCAACGGAGCAAUUCUCUGGUUUACCAUACAUUUACUCUCUCUUGAACUGCUUGAUCUGCCUCUGGUACGGCUCACCUUUCAUAUCACAAAGAAACCUCAUGCUUGUGACUGUGAACUCCGUUGGAGCCACUUUUCAGCUUUGUUACAUUAUCCUCUUCAUCAUGUACACAGACAAGAAGAAUAAGAUGAGGAUGCUUGUUUUGCUUCUUGUGGUGUUUGCUGUGGUUGGGUUGAUCGUAGCUGGAAGUUUGCAGAUACCUGACAAGCUCACACGAUGGUACUUUGUUGGGUUCUUGAGCUGCGCUUCUCUUGUCUCCAUGUUUGCCUCUCCUUUGUUUGUUAUUAACUUAGUGAUUCGGACUAAGAGCGUUGAGUUUAUGCCGUUUUAUCUCUCUCUGUCAACUUUCUUGUUGAGUGGUUCCUUCCUCCUUUACGGGUUAUUCAACAAUGACGCCUUUGUUUAUACACCAAAUGGAAUAGGAACGGUUCUUGGUAUUGUGCAACUAUCUUUGUACUGUUACUACCACACACCUUGUGUCUAUAUCUACCAGCUUUCGUUUUCUCGUGGCGUGAAGAUGUUUAUCCUCUCGGCUUCUGUCACGAUCGAAAGAUGGCAGAUUAUUUUCUUGGAUUGUACGGCUCAUUUGCUGAAGAUUAUCUGA